AAUAAAUACACCGACUCUUCUUCAUAGUAUUUCACAGUACUGAGAAUAAUAAUUUCUGUUAAUUGUUCUGUUAUUUUAUAGAUUUUUUUAUGUGUUCACUCCAAAUCAUCGCUUAACAGUAGUAGUCUUAUUUACAAUACUAAUUGUUAGUUAGCGAACGUACCACGCGGUCGCCUGGUACGUCAUCAGUGCUAACCAGAGUUAGCUUUCUAGUGGCAGAAACGGGAAGUUACUAGAGAUUUAUUUUAUUUCUUUAAAUUAAUCUUCUGAAAUGUAACCGUAAACCUUUAGCGUGAUGGCUCAGGACGUAAAAACAAGCUAACAGCAAUUAGCCACCGCUAUUUCUGUGAUGUGAAGCCAACAGCCGAAUCACACAAACAUUCAGUGUGACAGAGGCCAGCAGGAGUGUGCAUGUGGUAGUCAGUAAAUCUCACUCCCAGACAGCUAAAGGAGUACCCGGGUUUUAGCCUUCUGGUCAGAGUGCCAGAGAUUGUCAGUUUGCAUCUCGAGGUGGAGCAACACACACAACACAGAGGUUAAAUCAGGAGGAUGAUAAAGUUCAUGCUGAUGGUGAACCGUCAGGGCCAGAUGAGGCUGUCCCGGUACUAUGAGCCGGUGGAACUGAGACAGAGGGUGACGCUGGAAGCAGACGUCGUCCGAUGUUGUUUGUCCCGCAGCAGGGAUCAGUGCUCCUUUGUGGAGUAUCAGGACUUUAAGCUGGUUUAUCGUCAGUAUGCAGCGCUUUUCAUCGUUGUUGGCAUCACGGACAACGAGAACGAGCUGUCUGUCUACGAGCUGGUCCAUAACUUUGUGGAGGUUCUGGACAAAUACUUCAGUCGUGUGCAGAGUGAACUGGAUAUCAUGUUCAACCUGGACAGAGUUCACAUCAUCCUGGAUGAGAUGAUCCAGAACGGACACAUCGUGGAGACCAACAAGAGCCGCAUUCUGGCGCCACUUACCGCCCUCAACAAGACCAUUGACAGCUGAUAUCGUCAAAGUACCUGGGAAUCGAACCAUUAGUGCUCCAUCUCCACACAAAAUAAACAUUGCAUUAAAAAUUUUAAGAAACUUA